AUGGAAGAAACAAUGAAUGCUGCUAUUAGCUCGGUAGCCACACUUCCAAAACUGCCGCUCUCCGUGCGUGUGCAUAGAGAGACGGAAUGUGCAGAUGAGCCCAUGAGCCCUAUCGGAAGAAUCAUGGAAGAUCUGGACGUCUACAUUGUCGUCGUGAUGGGGCUUGGCAAGCCAGUGAACCUACCCGUCUUCCGUGCCGGCAUCGAAACAGAAUUGCUUGCCCGAUUCCCACGCUUCCGUAGCGUUCAAGUGAUGGAAUUUGGCAAGCCGCGAUGGGUGCAGACGACGGUGAACGUGGACGACCACAUCAUAGUUCCGAGGUUGGAUCCUGCUGCUGUUGCGUGUGGCCCAGAGAAAGCUGUGGAGGACUACGUGUCGUCACUCUCCAUGCUCCCGAUGGACAGGGGCCGCCCGCUCUGGGAGUUCCACUUCCUCGACAUCCCAACCUCCGAGGCCACCUCCACGACGGUGCUCCGCCUGCACCACUCCAUCGGCGACGGCGCGUCACUAAUGACGCUCCUCAUGGCGUCGUCGCUCAGCACGGCUGAUCCCGCCAGGCUGCCGGCCAUGCCACCGCCGCCCAAGCGCACCGGGCCGAUCUACCAACGACGGCCACGACCGCCGCUGUCUUCAGGCGAGGCGUUGCUCGCGUGGGUUUGGUCUUAUCUUGUGCUGGCCUGGAACACGCUGGUGGACGGUGUGUUGCUUCUUGCAACGAUGCUGUUCUUGAGUGAUCCACACACACUGUUCAAACGUGCAGACGGCGGCAGCAGCAAGUCUCACCGCCACAUGCGCUUUCUGCAUCGGAGCCUUAGCCUCGAUGACGUGAAGCUUGUCAAGACUGCCAUGAACUGCACAAUCAACGAUGUUCUAGUCGGUGUGACAUCGGCAGCUCUUUCACAAUAUUACUUCCGGAAGUCUGGUGACAUUAACGCCAAGGGAAUCUGUUUGCGGUCAUUUCUCCUUGUCAACACAAGGACAGUCUCUAGCCGACAAACGUAUGUUACCAAGGUGGCGACAGGGAAUAAACUUAGCAGCCUCAUCUGCCCAUUUCACAUAGCCUUGCACGAUGAUCCACUUGAGCAUGUUCGGAAGGCAAAAAGGCUCAUGCUUAGGAAAAAGAGCUCUUUAGAAGUGAUGUUCACACAAGUGGUUGGUGAAUUUUUGGUGAAAUACUUUACUGUAAAGAUCGGAUCUUUUUUAUUGCGCCUCUUCAUGACACGUACAACCAUAAUGUUGUCAAAUAUCGUUGGACCAGCAGAACAUAUAACGUUAUGUGGGCACCCAGUUGCCUUCAUGGCAACUAGCGUCUACGGGCAACCUCAAGCUCUCACCGUGCACUACCUAAAUUAUGAUAACACUAUCAAGGUAAUUCUGGCAGUUGAUGACGCUCAGUUUCCAGAUUGUCAUCAAUUAUUGGAUGAUUUUGUCGAAUCCAUGAUGCUCAUAAAGGAAGCAACCAAAUUCCAUACAUUAAAAUCCAUCCGGUUUGACUGA